AUGCCCGAACUACUGCAGGAUCCCGCAUCUCACGAUUCCAGCGACCCGUCACAUCGAUAUGCUAUCCACAAUUCCCUUGGAUCCUCGUUCUUCCAACUGACCCUCUCUUCCGCCAACAAAGCUGAGAUCUUCGCAGAAGCCCUAUCUGAACUCGACAACAAUCACAGCCAAACCUCUAGUAUUGUCAAGAGUCUGCAAAAAUGGAAUCCCGAAGCCGCAUCUCGAUUUGGUCUACGCUCCACCCCGACGGUUUUGUCCACACCCUUCCGCCUCAUCUACCCGAACUGCGACCUCCAUUCCUUCAGAGAAACUGGGCUGUACGCAAGGCAAUUUCUUACUAUAUCUUACUGUUGGCGCUCUCCAGAAUUUCUACCAGAUGGCUACGAACACCACGAUAUCUGGCCUAUCAAGAAAUCCAUGGUGGACGCUGUUUUAGCGGAGAAGAAUCACCCAAGAGUAGGCAUUUGGAUAGAUCAAAAAUGCAUCGACCAGUCUUCGGCCUUGGACAAGCAACUCUCUAUUGCGGCCAUGGAUAUCAUCUACCGCUCGUGCAUGCGACUUGUUGUCUUGUUAGAGGAUGUGCUUCUUACUAAGCAGGAGGUUCAGCUCGUGCAAAAAUACGACAUCUCCCACCGCCCCUACAACGACGGCUGGAAGUUUGAGUCCCACGAGAUUGAAACUUUCGCGAGUUUCUACGAGAAAGUAAACGCAGCGCGCUGGUGGAGCCGGGCGUGGUGUUUUCACGAAAUGUGCAUGCAUCGACCGUGGUUUGAGAGGCGCCAGACGGAUCACCGAUUCAAUGCGACCUUCAUCCUAUGUGGGCCCGAAGAUACCACUGUGAAGAUGAAGUGGACGAAUCUGAUACUGCUCAUGAGCCGCGCAAUACACGUACUGCCGAAUGCACAGAUCUGGUGGAAGGGACAGGCGACAAUUUCCGGUAUAAUCAAGCCUGAAGAUCAAGAGAAGGGGUGGAGCGGCAGUAUCAUGGCGCGCUAUAAUGCAAUCAGCGCAAAGGGCUGUAGCUUCUUGCAGGAUCGCCUUAGUAUUCUGAUCAACCUGUGUGGGUUGGGUCUGGCGUACAAAGGGCCGCCGUUGGACACUGAGGAGGAGCUUUUGUACUUGAGCAGUCUUCUCGCUUUGGCCGCCGGAGAUGUACAUCCCUUGAGUAUGAUGACCAGUCAAUCUAUGAUGCUAAAGGGGAAGCCAACGUGGAUAUCGAAACACGAGGUGAAUGACACGACGCUUCCUGGUUACAAAAUCGGGACCAUGGAAGGUAUACACCGAGUGGAAGAGGGCGAAAUUGAGCUGGACAUGCUUUUCCUCGACGCACCAUGGAGAUCAAUAAAAGAAAAGGACCUCCGGCCUACAUACGACAUCUUCCCGGACAUUAUAACAACCACACUCCCCGCUAAGAAAAGACCGGAAGCCGAAGGUCGAGUUGCGUCUAAUCAUGAGGACUCAGACGCUGAAUACGACCUAUCCCGUCGCCGGUUCCUGGCGGGCUGCAUAUUGAGUGGAGUCUUGUUUACCGGCAGAUUAUGGGAGCAGAUAAAACGCGACGUCGUUGGCCCGAAUUACAACGCGGGAAAUCACAAAGACUUCUCAUUCAAUCCUGCAUUUCGCAACGCAGCAAAGGCCUUCUUAGCGCACUUGGUUCCCGUCUCGACGCUCUUGGGUAUAGCGCAGCCUUCACCUUCUACUCUGGACGACGCUGCACUUUUCCUGACGUGGCUCACCGACCCGAGAUCAAUGUACUACAUUGGGCAUCGGACUUUCCGUGUUCCGUGCACUAUGCGUUGGGACUCGGCAUUCAUUACGUCGCUGACUGUCAACGAGUAUUUUCUUGAUGGGCCGGAUAGGGAGAUACAGGUGGCUGUGCCGACGCAUCUACUCAAGGCGUCGUGUAUACCACUGCGAGUGUGGAUUCUUCGGCCUGCAAAAGGUAAUCAGGUGAAAGAGAAGUGGCGAAUCGUCGGCAAGGGUUUGUUGCUUGGGGAGCCGGAUUUGCUCACGGAAGCGAAAGAGAGUGUAGGGAAGCCUGGGGCGAAGGUCAUGUUACGAGAGAGGAUAGUCGUAGGUGGGUAA